AUGGCAGCCGCAGCGGUAGCAGGGAGCGAUGACUCCCUCAACAACGGCCUCCACGCGUCGGUCGAUGGCAUGACGGACCCUUUCGUGGACGAUGGCCAGUCGAGACACUCAUCUCACGCCCACCGCUACUCUAGUCUAGUCGACCCCGAAUCAAUAGCCCUCGGCGCAAGCAUGUCGCCAUCGCAUGUCAAGCGCAGUCUGGUGGCACACCUUGCUGAAACCGAACGCCGGCUACAAGAUACACAAAAGCUUGGAGAGUCUCUGCUCCUGCAGCAGUCGGAACUCAAUGACAAAUUGCGUGAAGUGGAAGAGCAGCAAGGCGAGGCGGAGAUUACUCCCGAACUGCGGCAACGACUGGCCGAGCUAGAGAAGGAACACAAUGAUGUUGGGAAGGAGAUCGCAAGAGCACUGCUGGGCCCCAAAUCUAGAGCUGUUAGUGGGGAAGAGAAGCCGGGAUUGGAGCCAUCAGUGUAUGCAAGCCAGGCGACGGCAUCUCCAUCGAAGGUAAUGGCUCCCAGUCGACGGCAACGGAAUCAGCCCAGCAAUCGUGGGGAUGAUCUCCAACUUGCCGCCGAUAUCAGUACCUCACUCCUCGCUCAAGUGCGCCAGCUCCAAAUGGCGGUGGCCGAACGAGACGAGCUUCUGAAGGAGGCCAAGUCGGAGCGCGAUCGGCUGGAGAAGGAAUCCGCCAUACAUACCCAGCGCCUGCGAGCUCUUGAUGAAAGCGAACAAAAGUAUAAGGACGAGAACUGGAAUCUGGAAACGCAAACCCACGAACUGCUUGCGGCUGCCCGUGAGGCUGCCGAUCGCGAAAAGCGGCUAAAUGCCACCUUGGCGACUACGACGGCGGAAAAGACCCGACUGCAAAGUGAGAUGGAUGAGAUCAGGGUUGCCUAUGAAAAACUGUCAACUGACCACGCAGCGGCCAAGAAGGCUCAUGAUUCCGAGCUGCAUACGCUCAAGCGUACAAUAGAUUUGGGCGAUAGUGACAGGUCAUCUCUACAGCACAAGAUCGAGGAGUUGACAGCCCAAAAUCAGGAACUCGCCCGAGCCGUUGCUGCUCGCAUCCGCACUGCCCAGCCGGAGAUGGCUCCUCUGACCGAUGAGCAAGAGGAGAGUCUGGAAGAUGUGGACCCCCUGGAACAAUCACCGCCCCCGUCACCUACGAAGGCUACUCCAAGACCUGGAGCGUUGGAGUCAGAGACGCUACGCAGCUCGCUACACCAUGCACACCGAAUGAUUCAAAACCUGAAGAACAACAUUCACCGUGAGAAGACGGAGAAGAUCGAACUCAGACGGAUGCUCCAGGACGCCAGGGACGAGCUUGAGCAACGGCGCGGAGACAGUUCCUUUGGAAGCGGGAACAAACGCCAGAAGACCAAGUCGGACACUUUCAAAAAGCAGAUUCGUCCUGACAUGCUGGGAGGCAGCCGGCGGGCUCGAACCGAUGUCGAGCUUGAAGAUGAAGACUGGGAAGAUCACACCGUCGACACGCCGACACAUGGGUUCGCUCCGAGGCAUCUGGCCGUGCCAGGCCGCGGCGAAGGCACCACAGACGCAAGCGAUGCAUACCAGACUGCCAACGAGACAGAAGGUAACUUCGAGACGGCGGAUGAAAGGCAGACCACGGAGAGCGAGGACUUCCAGACCGGCGCAGAAAGCCUGGCUGGCGACAGCACAGAUGAUCUCACCGAGACCGAAGAUACAGCCUCGCAUCGAGCAGGUCCUCGUCACGGUCCGAGACCGACUCUCACGUUCAGGGCUGCCGGCGAUCGGCAGUCAUACAUUAGCACUGCCUCUGAUGACGAUGAGCUCAAGACCCCUGUUGUCACUCAGACUCAUAAAUUCCGUCUCAGGAACGGGCGCCAAUCAUUGGCUCGGUCUAGGGUGCCUACUGAUAGUACUCCCACGAACUUGGACCCGGAAACUCCUUUGCAAGAUUCUCCAGCAACUGUCACGAGUGAACGCAGUCUACCUGCUGGACAAAGCCUGUUCGCAGAGUUGGGCGAACUUGAUGAAACCACCAGCUUCGGCACUCCAAGCAGAGUAGCUAGCCUCGCUUCGGCAACGUCGACGCCCGGCAUUCCUACCUAUACACCAAGCAGACGGGUCACUCAGCAAGAGGCGCCAAAGAGCGCUGUGAAGGUGGCAAUGGUUGAUGCUGGGACAAUGACUGAGGUGCCAGAGCCGGAACCAGGUCUUGUCGCACCCGUGGCUCCUGGGAACGUCACCGAAGUGCCUGUGGCCGACAACACCAGAGCGCAGUCGCCGCUUCCCUCCGACUUUCCCCUGCCUCCAACAGUUCCCACUUCGCCGGUCAAAAACACCGACCACAGCACUCAAUACACUCCGCAGACAAGUCCGAUCAGGAACACUGCUUUCAUCACUCCACCAAAGACUGUCUGGGAUGAGGCACAAAGUCCAGAAGCUGACCGCGUAGAAGACGUGGCUGCACCUCAGACACCUAUGCGAUUCGAUUAUUCCGGCCUGGUAAUGCACGACACCACGCCCGCGUCCCCCGACACCCCUCAACAUCUCCUGCCGCCCGAACAAAAGACCCUCACCUUCUCCACGAUUCAAGCUCAAGCGACUGAACCAACUCCCCCCAUACUCUCCUUUACCGGCGUCAGCGCUGCCACCCAAUCUGAUGACCUACCGGGCUCCCCUCGAAAGGCGGAGAAUACAACAGGAGCUGGUCUACUUGCUUCCGCUGCUGCUGCCUUGGGCUUCGCCAAACCCAAGGACAAUUCUGGCGCUGUGGUGGCGGAAGAUGAGACCAGUGAGCCUGAGAGGGUUAUGAAUCGGACGACCCCUGAAAAUGAUCUCCCUCUCCAGGACAUAUCUGGGAAUAGUGUCGCUUCGAAGGCGGUUACACCACGUCUAGACAAACAGGAUCAAGAACGACGGCUGCCGGUUACUGCCAGGCAUGACCAGUCCUCUCAAACACUCCUCACUGCCUCGCAGAUCGAGGAGGCACUCCGACCUAAGACCGCAGUCCCUAUUCCUCUUCCUGAACCUGCGCAGCCAGCACAGAGUGCCACGAGGCCGAUUAGCCCAACGCAGACAACAGAAGGGGCUCAAACCUAUGACCAGGAUGGCUUAGCCACAAUGAAGCAAACCGUAGAUCUUGGGCCAGCUGUUGCCGCCCCUAUGCCGUCGCCGGUCAAGCGCCCGUCGAGUGUGUCAAGCCGACGGACAUCCUUUACCGCAACACAUCCUCCUCUCCCGUCAGACCACAAGGAAGCCAUCGCCAAGGCUAGCGAACGUCCCCUAUCGCCGGCAAAAGAACUUAGCAGGGCGACGGUUAUGGGCCCGCCUCUUCUUCCCGCCUCGGCCAUGCGUCGACCUCGUACGCCUGGAGAAUCUGUGCGCUCGCCGACUCGGGACAGCAACGCUCCCAGAACCUCUAAUGUCAGUCGUACUCAACGUGGCACUGUCACGUCUCAGUUGUCUCAUCGUUCAUCGGUAUCAUCAUUUGCCUCUGAAAUUGACGAAAGAUUCAACAUGCACCGAGGUGGCCAAAUGUCCGCUCAUGGCUUCGGUACGGACCCAAGAAUCAUCCAGGCUAUCACCCAGACGAUGAUUGGCGAAUUUUUGUGGAAAUACACACGAAAGGCUGGCCGUUCUGAAAUGUCGGAGACGCGGCACCGUCGGUAUUUCUGGGUGCAUCCCUACACCAAGACACUGUAUUGGUCGGAUCAAGAUCCACAAACCGCUGGCAGGACAGAGCUGAAGGCGAAGAGCGUGCUGAUAGAGAGCAUCCAAGUGGUGCCAGACGACAAUCCCAUGCCACCUGGGCUUCACAGGAAGAGCCUGGAAGUGGUCACUCCGGGGCGACGUGUAAGAUUUACAGCAAGUACAGGCCAAAGACACGAGACCUGGUUUAACGCACUCAACUAUCUGCUCCUCCGUGGGGAGGAACAGCAAUAUUCUGCCGGCGGCAAUGACAUUACCAGAGAUGACCUCGACGAAUUCAACGUCAACGGCGCUGGUUAUGGUGCCACGUUGGUACCAGGAGGCAGCCGCAUGAGUCUUUCUAGCUACAACUCUCGGACAACUCGUGGCUCAGCUGCCCAACGACAGCAGCUCCCAGCCGGACUGGUUGCCUCCAGCAGCACACCUAGCAUGCCCCGGGGGUCUUUGGCGAGCCGAACAGCACCUAACUCGACUGUGCGAAGAAGCCGUGCCGAACAAUCCCAGGAUGCGGACAAAGACCGCACAGUUCGCGCUAGCAGUGUGAACCGCUUUUCACGUAUGUUGGGUUCAGUAACGGGCCGUACCUCGAGAAUGAGCGAGCCGCAACCUGUCGCCACUGCUCCUACUGUCGGGCGAACGAGAAGCGAGGGUGGAAGUAUCUACGACGCUAGCGUUGUCAGUGAUGGCCACAAAGACUCUGCCGAGGAGUUGAGACAGGAGAUGCUGCGGCAGGAGGAGGCCAUCUGGUCGGGAGGGCUGGAGAAUGUACGAGCUUGCUGUGAUGGCAAACACGACGUCUCGACACUCAGUCACAGCCAUCGCCACGCUUCUACCGGUGGUCAGGGCCAUCGAAACAUAGGCGCGAGUUUCAGUCUGAGAGGAUCAACGAGACGGCGAGAGCAGAGCUCAACGCCGGGCCCAGCUGCGCCUUCAGCGGCAUCAGCGAUGACCGCUACUACACCUACGAGACAGGCGGCUGCCGUCACGGCGUCAUAG